AAUUCUUAUACAAUUUUCAUUACAGGACAACUGGUGGUGUACAUCCCCACUCAGAUGGGGUUACUGUGACAGCACCUACUUUAAUGUGGAUCCAGGCAUUGGACCUUCUUCUAGACAAACUGAAGGCAGAUAAUUUGGACUUUUCAAAAGUUGCUGCCAUAUCUGGAUCUGGCCAGCAACAUGGAAGUGUCUUUUGGAAGAAAGGAGCUGAAAAUGGGCUUAAAAGUCUUCAUUCCGGUUCUUCCCUCCGUGAACAGUUAAAGGAUUGCUUUAGUGUUGCUGAUAGUCCAAUUUGGAUGGAUGCCAGUACAACUAAACAAUGCAAACAGUUAGAAGCUGCUCUUGGUGGUGCUAUGCAUUUGGCUGAAAUCACUGGAUCUCGAGCUUAUGAACGUUUUACAGGGAAUCAAAUUGCUAAAAUAUUUGAGAAGUCCCCCUCAUCAUAUAACAACACUGAGAGAAUAUCUUUGGUCAGCAGUUUUGGUGCUUCAUUAUUCCUUGGAAAAUAUGCCCCAAUUGAUUUCAGCGAUGGUUCUGGAAUGAAUCUUCUGGAUAUUAACAAAAAGGAAUGGUCAAAGGAUUGCUUAAAUGCUUGUGCUGAGAAUUUGGAAACAAAACUCGGACCUUUGGUAAAAUCAACUGAAAUCCUGGGCAAAAUCAGCAAGUAUUAUGUUGAGAAAUAUGGCUUUUCUCCAGACUGUGAAGUAAUUGCAUUUACUGGUGACAAUCCUGCAUCAUUAGCUGGAAUGAGACUUCAGGAAGGGGAUAUAUGUGUAAGUCUUGGGACAAGUGACACAUUAUUUCUUUGGUUAACUCAGCCCAAGCCUGCUCUCGAGGGCCAUAUAUUCAUCAACCCUGUAAACAGUGAUUCUUAUAUGGCUUUACUUUGUUUUAAGAAUGGAUCGCUUACUCGAGAGAAAAUCCGUGAUGAAUUUGCGGGAGCAUCUUGGGAAACCUUCACCAAGUCGUUAAUGUCUGUGCCAUCAGGAAACAAUGGAAACAUUGGAAUAUAUUUUGAUGUGAUGGAAAUUCAGCCUUUACUUUCCGGACGUUUUAGGAUAAACAAGGAGGAUCAAGAUGUACCAAAAUUCAACACUGCUGAAGAAGAGGUCCGCGCUGUUAUAGAAGGACAGUUCAUGUCAAGAAGGGUUCAUGCUGAAAAUCUUGGCUUUAACAUCUUGCCAAAGAGUAGAGUUCUUGCUACAGGUGGUGCCUCUCAGAACAAGUCUAUUUUAAAGGUUCUGGCAAAUAUACUGAAUGCUCCUGUAUAUAUACAGGAUGUUUCCAACUCUGCUAGUCUUGGUGCAGCAUAUCAAGCAAUGAGAGGUUCACUUGGCCACACUUGCUUCAAUGAGAUACUUAACAAAACCUCUAGAAUGGUAUGUGCUGCUGAACCUGAUGAUAGCACUGUGGAGCUAUACACAAAACUUUGUGCUCGCUAUAAACAACUGGAAGAAAGAGUUUCCCAGAGUUAAGGCAACAUAAAAAUGAUUGGUUGGGUCCAGCAGUAUUGCUACAAAUACUGCCAUUUACUAUCAAAAUGAUUUGCUUUAUUUUUCAGUAUUAAUUCUAAUCAAGAAAUGUGAAUGAAUUCACAAAAUUUUUAUUCACUACGAUUCCCUGCAAAAAUCCUAAGUGUUAAAUCAUUAUUUUAAUCUGACUAAAAUUGUGUCAAUGCGUGUAAUUUACAUGUGGCUUUGUGGUUAAGGAGUUUACUUCACAACUACAUGACACCAGAUUUGAUCUGGCAUUAGUACAGCACUUUGAGUAAAGGUCUUUUCUUAUUAUAGCCUCAGGUUGACCAAUAUCUUGAAUGGAACUGGGUACAUGAAAACUGUAUAGAAGAUUAACAGACACACACACACAUAUGUAAACUAUUUUAAUAUCUAUUUUUCCAUGCUUGCAUAGUUCAUUUUCUAAGAGUGAUGCUUUUUCCGUUGUCAUCCCUUAUCUGUUUCCAAGCAAGGUUACAUGACACCUUGAUUGAACGUUCUUACAGGAGAUUGGAAACAAAUGACAUUGCUUACAUUAUAGUGACACACUCUUACUCGUUUCAGUCCUUUGACUGUUGCCAUGCAGGAGCACCACCUUGAAGGGUUUCAGUCAAACAAAUCAACCUCAGGACAUUUUUUAAACCUAGUACUUAUUCUAUCAGUCCUUUUUUGCCAAACCACUAAGUUACAGGGAUGUAUCUAUAUAAAUAUAUUUUUAAAAUGUGCAUAGUUCAGGUUAAUAUCAGCUCAUUCCAUUAUUACAAUACAGUAUGUGGUCAUGGUUGCUGCUGUCAAAAUACAUAUGAAAAUAAUUUUUUUUCUGUGUGAAGAAUUUCUAAUGUCUAUCUAACAUGUAAAUCUUUGUAAUUCCUGUUUGCAAAUGAAACGUGUGCAAUGGAAAAUAAAUAAUACUAAAAGAUGUCCACUUUCUUGUUAUAUAUAUAUAUAUAUAUAUAUAUAUAUAUAUAUAUAUAGAGAGAGAGAGAGACACACAUACAGACAUGUAAACAGGUUUCUUUCAGUUUCUGUCCGCUAAAUCCACUCAAGGCUUUGGUUGACCUAGGUCUAUAAUAGAAGACAUUUACCAAAGUGAAAUAAUGAGGUCAGAAACCAAACUACUCAACAUGCCAGCAAUUAUAUAUAUAUAUAUAUAUAUAUAUAUGUGUGUGUAUAUGUGUGUGUGUGUGUGUUAGUGUCUAUGUUGUAUCCCCAUGCUUCAAUAAACACAGAUUAGGAAGAUAAGCAUCAAGCUGAAAUAAAUAGGCUCCUAUGAUUCACUGAAAAAAUAUCAAGAGUACUAGAUACUUGGAAAGAUUCAUUAACAUGUAGUAAUUUGGUUAAUUGUAAGCUGAUACUAUGUCACCCCUUCCUGUAAAUUCUGUAGGAAUAACUUUAUAAGGAGUGGUAGCCUCCUGAAUAGAGUGUAAAUAUCAAUCACAGCUCUGCAUGCAUGGAUAGAUUACAUAGGAGAAUGUUUCUCAUUUUAUUUUUUUGAAUAAAUUAGCAAACCUCAUUAGCUUUUCAUUGUCUUUCUAAAUCAAUUUAGCCCGAAAGCUUUUUGUUUGGCAAGCCCUACAAACCUAUUGAGUCAUAGGAAAUUUUAUGUAAUAUGAGUCAAUAAGAAGUCUCUACAUGGUUGCUCAAACUGCUAGAAACAGCAGCCAAAUAAAUCUUUCUCAUCUUAACAACAGGACACUGGAUAAUGUAAUCCAAACAAUAUUCUUUUAUUUGUCAUUUGACUGCAGCCAUGCUGGAACACUACCUUAAAGGGCCUUUUUAAUCUAAGAAAUCAACCCUAAGUACUUUAUAUCAAUCGCUUUUGCCAAACCUUUAAGUUACAGAGACAAACAUACCACAAUUGGUUGUCAAACGAUGGUGGGGGAACAAACAAACAAAAACACUUUCAGUUUCUGUUUACCAAAUCUAGUCACAAGGAUUUGGUCAGCCCAAAGCUAUAGUAGAAGACACUUGCUCAAGGUGCCAUGCAGUGGGACUGAACCCAGAACCAUGUUGUUGGGAAGCAAGCUCCUUAUUACACAGUCAUGCCUUUGUUGUCAUUAGUCUAAAAAAAAAAAAAGUUUAUAGUCAGAAUGCUUUUAAUCAUAGUCUGAAUCAAGACACAUCCAAUCAAAACAACAAUCAUGUAAUUUUGUAAAAGUUAGCUUGGCAGAAUCCAUUUUCUCCAUAUUAUAACCAUAUGUAUUUUUAGCAAAUUCCAUUGUUGCAAACAUUCAGAACAAGUCUUCUGUAUGAAUAUAUAGAUGUUUUCGAUCUAGUUUGGAUUCUUUGCCAUCAAAGAAUCCAAACUGGAUCGAAAACAUCUAUAAUGUACUUCUUUCCAUCAGAAAAACUUUAAAAGACGGUCAGUGUCAUUGCCCUAGUCAUUAAAAAGAUAUUUUAAAAAAAAAACCUUCUAGAAUAAAAAUAUGAACCAAUUUGAAAAAUGACUGACACAAUGCAACAGUAUUUAGUCUAAUUGUAAAGAAAUUUUUGGAUUUUUAUUAAAAAAGUUUAUCUUACAAAGA